UUUGAGUGUUUCUUUUAUGAGAAAUCAUGAUCCUGAAUUUUGGGCUUGUGUUGAUUUUUUUUAAAUGUUCUUGAUUUCGCGUUCUUUUGUCAAGCGCUGGGUCAUGGGUUUAGUUGCAUUAUAUGAUGCCACUAAAUGUGCUUAUUUUGGUCAUUGAGUUCAUUGGCUUAUUUAUUAAAUUUGGUUGGAACGGGGUAGUAUUUGGUAAAGAGCCUGUUAAUGUAUAUUGUGAUUGUAAAUUAGGUGUUAGCUUGAUUGAACUGGGAACUGUUAAAUGACUUUUCCUAUAAAUUAAAAUGCUCAGUUUAGAAAUUUUAUGUUCAUGUAUGACUUUCCCACCUCUGUUUAUAAUAUUCUACUUUAUAGAUACUGCUGCUAUUAAGGCAAAAUGUUGGAAAAGACAACAAUAUGCCACAAUUUUCUUGCUACUGUGUUAUUAUGUCUAUCUACUUGCAUCCCUCUGUCUUCUGUUUUUACCCAUUUACAGAAAAUUAUACGAGAUCCUUCCAAAGAGGGGGGAAGGAACAUCUAUAUGUACUUCAAAUUAGUAGUUUGGUUUCUAUUGUUUUCUCCCACUGGAAUUAACAAAUGGUCACAGAGCCCAGAAUUUGCAGUGUAGAUUUUUCCUGAUCCUAUGGGAAAAGCAAGGAUUUGUUAGUAAUGAAGCAAAAUGAAGAGGAAUGGGUAGAAUACAAGAAUGUAAUGGAAGAUGUUGUGAAAAGAAGUGGACUCGAUAAGAACAUCUUCUAUGAUCUUAGAGGGAAUCAUGAUAAUUUUGGCGUACCAGUGAUUGGUGGCUCAUUAGAUUUCUACUCAAAGUAUAGCAUCAAUGGGCAAUUGGGAAGGAGUGGACAUGUAAAUAGUGUCACACUCACUCUUCAGGCUGGUAAGCGGAAGUAUCUGUUCGUGGGGUUGGACAGCACCAUGUCUGUUGGGUUACGAGGUCCGACUAAUCUUUUUGGGCAUCCAACUGACCAACUCUUGGCUGAAGUAGAUUUGGAGCUAUCACAAUGGGACUCUCAACCACUUAAACCAGCAAGCAAGAUAUCUUUUGGACAUUUCCCUCUUUCAUUUUCAGCAUCCUCUCAAUCUGGGAAGACCCUGAAAGAUAUUUUCCUAAAGCAUUCCCUUUCUGCUUAUGUAUGUGGGCAUCUUCAUUCAAGAUUUGGAAAGAACUUAAAAAGGUACCACUUGUCAAGUCAUAGAUUUUUAUCUUCUCAGAAGUUUUUCCAGUUUAAUUUAAAUCAAAAUCCUUCAGAAGGCAGUAAGAAUUGUUCAUUUGGAGCUCCUCCUGUUCAAGAAUUUUGGGAAUGGGAAAUGGGUGACUGGAGGAAGACUAGAGCCAUGCGAAUCUUGGCCAUUGAUAGAGGUCAUGUUUCGUUUGCUGAUAUUGACUUUAAGUCAGGGUCCAAAAAGACUAUUAUAUUACCCACAUUUCCACUUGACUCACGUUUCAUGUCAACAUCUUCAUCACACCACGAGUACGAAUGUGAGCAUAUGCUCCCUUCAUCUUAUGAGACAGUGAGAGCUCUUGUGUUUUCUGUUUCUCCAAUUGUGUCAGUUGUAGCUAAAAUCUACGAUACAAGAUAUGAAAAUCUUGACAUUGUUGUGGAUGCACCAAUGACUAAUCUUGGAGAUGAGUCCUCGAGGGGAGAUCUUUAUGCAGUUCCUUGGAACUAUAAGGCAUUCCAAGACCCAUCUGCUGAUAGAUUCUGGCUGCAAAUAGAAGCAACUGAUAUCAUGGGCCGGACAACUAUGACUGAACUAAGACCGUUUUCUGUAAAUGGGCUUCAUGGUAAGGUAUCGUGGACUUGGAAGGAGUUUUUUGUCAUGGGUUGUCAAUGGGAAGCCCUGUAUUAUCCAAUUCUUUGGGUGUCUCUGUACUUUCUACUCUUAAUCCUCUUUAUCCCUAGAGCUUUUCUCUUUUUCUCUAGGAAACAAAUAACUUACAAGAAUGUUUUUGCUGCAAAAGGCUUCAUAAGUGGCGUAGGAUUGGUUUUGCAAGAGCUCUGCAAUGUUCCUAUGGCAUGGUUUGGUUUCCUGGGAUAUUUAUUCUACCUGAUUUUGUUUCCCUGGUUUACUGGACAAGUUUUUACUGAUGGUGAAGAUAAGGGAUACAUGACAUACAUGGGCUGGGCAGUGAAAUCUUCUGAUAAUAAGAGCAACCAUGAUUAUAUUGGAUCUCCUGAUGUCAUGGUAGUUGUUCUUCCUCAUCUCAUCUUUGUGGUCUUGCCGGCUAUUUUAUCCUCUGGAGCUCUGGCAGCUGAGAGAGUUGUCCAUAGAGGCAAGUUUCUAUCAGUUUCAGGAAAGAAAAAGGAUGACUACAGCGGACUGGAUCAGAGAUCUGUUAGGUAUGAUUCCCGAGGCAAUAGAAGAUCAAAAUUCCAUUUUGGUGGGCACUGGAUUCGGUUAAUUCUAUUGGUUCUUUGCUUGGUUAUCUGUUGGAAGCAUUUCAAGAAUUGCAGAGCCCUGAUGAAAGCUUAUGAGAUGAAUCCAUUGCUCCAUUUUCCGGUGUAUACUCUUGGGAUUCCACUAUUGUUGGUUUAUGUUAUCCACAAAACUAAGAGGAAUUAACAAGUACAUCUGCUGCCUGCAGAUGUUCAACGCUUCCGCUCAAAGUACAUCAAAAGGAUCUCGAAGAUGAUUACGGCAUUAACCGGUUGAAAACUCAGCUGUAGACACCUGGUUUAGUUGAAAACGUAGUUUUAGCCUGUUAGCUACGGUAAAUACUAACUGGCAAUUAACAAGGGAAGCUUUUAGAAGAUAUAUUCUCUUUGGAUAUUGGACCUUUCUAUUCCGAUUACGAUUUUGCCAUGUACCAGAAUUGAAGAUAAACAACUGUGAUACCUGAAGGCCACUUGAUAGUAGGACUACAUAAGGUUCAACUUGAUUCUGAAAAAGAAAACGAAAUGGAAGAGAUGAAAAAAAUAUGAAGUAACAAAUUUCAAAAUUACACAUUAA